AACUUACUGAGGUAAAAGCUGUACAAUGGUAUCGCUUUUUACAACGUCGGACACAUACUUGUAAUUAAAAUAAUUUGCCUUUUGCUUGACUGCGUUAUCAAACAGCUAAUAAUGUGUUGCUAAUGUCACAUGACUCCUUUGCUUCAGAGCGGUCGUUGUUAAUGGUAUGCUAAAGUUCACUGGCACGUUGACGUUAUUGGCUACAAAAUAGUUUUUGACAUCAGAAACACUAGUGAUUUCAAACUGCAAUUUUGAAGCUGUCUUUAGAUCACUGCAGUUUUAUAGGCAAAAUACUCAGCAAUGGUGUUGACUUAUGAAUUUGCACAUGGUUUGUCUUAAAGCAUAUUUAAAACACCACAUAGACAUAUAAACAACAUUAAAAACUUGAUUUUCACCACAGGGGGCCUUUAAAUGAGCAAGUUCCCAGCAUAGCCAAACCAGUUUUCAACUUGUCUAGCUGGUGUUUAUUUGGAUGGCUAACUUGUCUACUAUAGCUGAACAGCUGAAAAGUGCCCAAAACAAUUAUAAAACCAGCUUUGCCAGGGUAGGAUGUUAGCAAACCUGCUUAGGCUGGUGUAAGGUUUUUUUAUUAGUAGGGAAAUGAGUGGUUUGUGCUUUACAGGACCAAAUGUCAGUGGAUGCAAUCCUUAGUGCCUUGGUUCUCAGGGGCCCAGGGCCCACAAGCUGACUUUGUAUUUAAAAUGAGAGAAAAGUAUUAAAACAAGCUAAGCUAAAACAACUAAAAAACUUAUUUUAAUUAAGCUCCUCAGCAACCAGGAUUCCCAGUCAUUUUUAUAAAUACACAUUUUUCAAGUCAUGGCAAGCUCUAAAACAUUUUAUCAGUUAAAAUUGUGAGUAAAGAAUAUUUAAAAAAAUCCUUAUGCAGUAUAAGUCAUGAACAACUGGAAAGGUCAUGAGGCCUUUGAAUACUGUAGUGGAUGAAAGGGGGCUUUGCAGACAAAAAGGUUUAGAACCACUGCAGAGCCUCAAUGUAUAAAAUUCGGUAUUAUUAUUGGGGCCCUAGUAAUUAGGGGCCUAGGGAGUAUUUAUUAUUCUUUAACAAGUCUGUAUUCUAUUUGAACUCACAGAUUUUAAGUGUAAAGAUGUUUCUAGUUCACAAAACCUCAAAAGUUAGUGUAUAACAUGAUCCCCCCCUUACUAGCUACUUUGAGAUUGAUCUUUGGCCCAUUUCCCAGUAUUCACCUGCAGCGUGUGCAUCAGAGUGCAGUCCUCAGUCCCCCAGCAGGAAGUGACAGAACAGCAGCAGACAUUAGAAGCAGGAGGUAGCUCUAGAGGGAGGGAUCAGAGGGCAGAAGCGUCAUGCUGAACGAGUUACCCGGAGAAGGGGGAGGGAUCACUACUCAAGUUGCUCUUUGAGUGUCCUAGUCUGAGAUUUCGUAGUACUGCUUCUCAGGAGGAACAGUCUGUCUCAUACUUCAAGGGACUAGUAGAUUUCUCCUCUGAAGGACAUGGAUAUAUAGCAGGAGAGGUGAAGGGAGCUGAGUCAGGAGUCUGGGGAGGAGACAGGAACAUAUACACAACACCGGCAGCAUGUGUUGCAGCAUGUUUGUGUCUUUACCCGGCUGAACCAAAACACGCACACGUCUCUGCUCGCGCUCCCUGGGAGUUUAAGCGCAUAAGUGCUACACUGUGAAGUGUGUGUGUUCCUCCUUAGAGAAGGCCGCAGUACACACUGACAAGGUGAGCCCACUGAAGGAAAAGUCUGCCGCUGCAGAGAACGGAUCUGUCCACACUGAUUCAGUCACUGCGGAGCCACAGGUGUCUGCUGACGAGGACGAAAAGCCACAGAGACAGGAAGAGGAGGAUAAAGAGGAGCUAGAGUUUCCUCAUGAUCUGCUGCCCAGCAUAGACCUCGACCUCAGCACUGAGCUCAAUCUCACCUGGGGAACCUCACUUGGUUGUGAGCAGGUGGGCUUGGGUGAGAUGAAGAAUGAGGCUGUGGCACUGGGUGGCACUGCCAACCCUCUGCUGGCAGGCCUAGAGCACUACAUGGAGGCCAGUCCACCAGUAGUGGGCCUCAUAAAGAGCUGUGAUGGUGACCAAGUUUCUACUGAGACCCAGAACCACUUGUCUAGCACACCUCAGCAAGAUAUUCCAUCCCUCAGUCCUUUGGCUGCCCAGGUGGAUUAUGAACUCCAGGAAGCAUUAAAGGAAUGUGAGGACGAAAUGACUGCUCUUGGCAUAUCCUCCCAUGUAGACACAUGGACUGCAGGUGAUCUGGAUAGGUGUUCCUCCUUAGUCCUGCCUGAAAAUGAUGAGAAAAAUGAACAAACUGAGAAGGCUGAAGUCAAAAAGGAUUUUGGUACAUCUUCACAAAAACCUGUCAAAAUUCAUGGAGGUUGCCAUGGAAAUGAAGCACACAAAAAUGACUCCUCAGCAGGUGAAGAGGGGGUGUUUAGCUUCAGAGAUUAUAUUCUUGGCAAAAAGCAAACUAAUACUUUUACAGAUGGAGCUAAGGAUGUCAAAAACAUCAAGGAUAUAACAGAAAACCACAGUGAGGAAACUAGACAGCUGUCAGAGGCAGAAUGGCAAACAAAUUCAGAGAUAGAGACUAAAAUACACACAGCUGAGAACAUAGCUGAUCAACAAACAACACCUAGCAUAUGGAAAGGUACACAAACAACAUCAGAGAUGGAUGCAGCAAAGGAAACACUUACCCAGGAUCAAUCAAUACAAGAUAUCUGCUCUUUGAAAUACACCCUGGAGGAUGAGAGCACACAAGAUGAAAACAAAAUAAAUGUUAUAGCACACACAACCCAGAAAGAAAACGGAGGAAUUCAAGAGUUAAAUCCUGUGAUCGAAGAAGUCAUCAGUUCUGCAGAAGCUACACAGAUGAUUCAGAAUUCAAACAGAAUGAAAAUAGAGAUGCAUAGUCAGUUAAUUAGUGAUUUACUGGCAUGCCAAUCCCCACAUAUGGAUAAACAUUCUGGUCACUCGUUACACUUAGAAGCUAAAAUAAGCGUACAACCAAACAUACAAAAACAGGUGGAGUCAGGGACACAGCAGCAGAUAAGUGGACAGAUAGAAACAAACACAAAAGUAGUAUCAAGCCUUGAGCAUCAAAGACAGGAAUUAGGACUCCCAGAACAGCUGAGUCCUGAGGGUAAACAAUUGAUCUGCUCCCCACCUCCAGAACCCGAGGCUCACCAAGCUCAUUUUUCCCUGGCUGAGGCUCCACCUACCCUGAUACAACACUCUCCACAGGGGCCUGAGCAACAUGAUGACCAGGAUCAGACAGAUGGACCCUACAAAUCAAUAUCAGAAGGUGAAACCAUACACCACAACCACUGUACGACAGGGGAAGUUAAACAUGAGAAAAAUGUGUCUAAGGCAUCUGCUGUUGUGAUUGAUUUCUGCCAAGCUAAAACAGCCUCUGAACAUGAGCCCGAAGGGAGAUAUGACUUAGAGACAUGUCCACUGGAGCUGGAGAAUGGACCUCCUUUAGGCAGUGGAGCUGGCGCACACACAGCACUGUGGGGGAAUUCACACUCUCUGAGCCGAGCCAGUGCAGAAGAGGAGGAGGAAGAGAGUGCCCUUGAACAGGCUUCAGCAGAGUCCGCUGCCUCCACAUUGCUACAAACAACACCCACAAUGCCAGAAAUGAUAGAAAGUGAGGGAGAGAAGAAGAGUGAUGAUGCGUUCCAAAGUGUCGCAAUAAUAGUACAAGCAGCAGAGGGAGAAUCGGCAGUGCUGGAAGCGGAUGAGUCUCCAAGCUCACAGGGAACAUUAACUGAAAUUACGGCUGAACAGGGACAACAAUGCACCUCAGUAAUUUUUCCAAAGAUUAAGUGCUCACCUGUUCAGAAAGAAAAGGCGACUGAGGAGAGCUGUGGCAACAAAAUGCCACACAACUCAACAGAGAGCGUGGGGAAGGGAGGGGGUCUGCCAAUCGCACUCUCCCCAGCCGGAAACGAGAAAACAGGCAUGGUCGGCAAAGAGGACAAAGCUCUGGUCACCUAUUCCUCUCCAGGCGUCCUUGGAACAUGUGACUGGAAGGCGGAGAGUUCUCGAUCAAAGAAGAGAAAAGGAGAGAGUGAAGAGGAGGGGAAAGAGACAAGCGAAGGAGGAGCACAGAACGGAGGCAGGGUGUCACAGACAGAGACAGCAACCGAGACGUGUCCAUCCCACCGCAUCACAGCAUCACUAGCGGCAACACAAGACGAGAGUGACCUCAUCCUUCCUGUCACAGCUGGCACAGCCCUGUUUCCUCUGACCAUCAACAGAAUAAACGACUGCGUCUCCAUCAGCCCACCCCCUCCUCUUUCUCACAUAAACUCUACAGAGACAGAAGCACUGAGAGAGGAAGAGGCUAAUCUGAAUCCAAGCCCAAGUGCAUCAGGAGCAGAAUUGCUAGGCAGUGAUAGAUCAUUUCCACCAGCGGUUUCUUCGGAAAACGAAUGCCUCACUGCGCAAGCCAACAAUCAACAGGUACAGAGCUCUUCACAAACUAGAACCACAAACUGUGACACAUCCAUCAAGACAGAAACACAGCAACAAAAGCAAGAAACAACCCCUACAAGUGAAGACAAAUCGCAAUCAACUAAGCUACAAGUGAACAUGAGGGAUAUCGCUGAAAUUUGUACCAAAGUGGAAGGGCGUAUAUCCCCAAAAGGUAUGCAGAGCUCUUUUGAGGACCAAAAGGAUACAGUGUUGAAAGGCCAAAGGACUGAAUGUGCCUCUCUGCCUCCACUGAUGGUAUUUGAAAGUCUACGACACCCAGUAAAAGAGACUAGCUUCAACUUUAAAGGUUUUCUCACCAUCAACAAACCGGAAAUAGAAAAGGAAAAAUCCAAUGCAAAAAAAGAACCUACUGCUUUUGAGGAAGGAGGUAAAGAGGAAAGAAAUGGGAAGCAGCGAGAAAAUUUGGAACAAGCGGAAAUUACAUAUAAAGAAUCAAAGGACUGCAAAGAAACAACCAGCACAUCUCAAGAGCAGGGUGAGACUACUGUAAAACUUGAAGAAAAUGUUAAUGUAAAUAUGGGUGGUUGUGAAGAAAGUAAAGUAACAGAUGAAGCUGAUGUUAACAAAAAAAAUCCUGUUAUAUUUUCAUCACUGUCAGCUGCAGGCGUGACCACCAGUGUUACUGAAACAAAGGAUGCCGUUAAUGAAAUUCUGGAAGAAACUGAAGCAAUUAAAGAGAACCAAGAAUAUAAAGAGUCUUUGAAUGUUACUCAGAUCAGUCCAAAUGAUACAGAUGAGUCAGCGUCCACUGAGAAGGAUAGUGUUUUACUACAGGAUGUUUCUCUACAAGAGGGUCGUAAUGACAGCCCCGCUGUGGAUGGUGAGCGGGCUGAUAUCACUAUGUCUGAAGGAGUUGAACAGAGACAUAUAGAAGUGGUACUUGGCAGCAAGGAAAGACUGAAUGACGAGACUGAUAAAUCAAAGGGAUGUGGGUUACCUGAAGCAAGUGAUAUAGAAGUAACAUGUCCAAAUAAUUCAAAGAAUCUUGUGAAUGACAGUCAAGAGCAAGAGAAAUACACACAUGAAGAGGAGUCAAUGGUAAAAACCAGCUCAUUGUCUCCAGCAGCAGCCCCAAACACAGACAGCAUGUGUCCUCGCACUCAACCAGACAAGAAAUCCUACACCGAGCAGCCUACUACAACCUCAGAGAUGUCACUCCUGUUAAAAGCAGAUAAGUGUGCAGACAUGCUGCCCUAUCAGACAGAAUCACAGUUCAGUGGUGAAAUAAUGAAAAGUGAUGCAGCAAAUACUGAAGACACAACAGUCCCUUCUCUUCCUGCAGCGGAAACUACAGUACCAGAACAAAGUGAUCUUUCCUCAACCACUAAACAAAGCACUAUCAGUGAUGCCAGGGAUGUGUCUGUCAUUGUACUAAAGGCUCCAGGCCCAAUGCUGAGUCACUCUGAGUCCAUUAAUGACUGUGAUAUUGCUGUUGCAGGAACUGGGGAGCAUUACAGUGUGAACCACGUGUGCGUGUCUGACAUAGAGAUUGUAAAUAAUAUUGCAGGCAAAACAAAUCAGCAAUCAGAUGCAAAUGAAGUCAUGUUAAGAAAACAAAAUGCAGAUGAUGCGCCCUACACUGUUGGUGUCUCCGCACAGGAAAUUGCAGCAUCAUCUGGGUCCCUUCUGCUUACAACUGACAGACCAGAACUGGCAGGUUGUGCACCACUAGUCUCAAAAACCUCAGAUAUUGUUGGAAAUGCAAAGAUGAAAGAGAAUGAAGCAUCUAAGGACACUGUAGAAUUUGAUAUUGGUCAAGAAGGGAAGAGAGAAGGACAUGUAAAUUCUAAACAUGAAAAUGAUUUGUGCAAUGUACCUACAAAUGUUACAAUAGACAAGGAGUUACUUAAUAAAGACAUAUCUGAAGGAUUCAAGCAGGUGAAGGGAGAAGAGCAAAACAAGGAGUCCGUGAAGGAAAAAAAUGAAACUAUUGCCUCUCAGGAUAAAGGAAAUGAACAGAAAAAUGGGAAGCAGGGCGAAAGAAAGGAGCAAGAAGAAAUGGCUUUUAGGGAGCAGAAGGACAGCAGAGUAGAAACAAAUACCUCUGAAGCAUCUUGUGUUGAUGAGAUGCUUCAUUCUCAAUCUGCUUUGACAACACAAAGUCCUAAUGAUGACAACAAAUGUGAUUCUCUCCUGAUGAACUCACAGGACAAUCUUGAUACACUUCUGACUGAAGAACCUGUUCAAGAUGUGUCUGUAGACAAUGUAAGAAUUAAUACAGAUGUAUCCGAAGGAUUCAGGCAGGUGAUGGGAAGAGAGCAAAUCAAGGAUUGUGUGAAAGAAAACGAGAGACACAAUGUAAAAUCUGUCACAGAAAAGGACAGCAAAGAAAAGACACAUACCUCUGAAGAACAGAAUAAGACUACCGCAAAAGAAAAUAUUGAUCAAACACAAGGAGAGAACCAGACGUUAAUAAAUCUCUUCAAGCUAUCAGGAGAAGAAAAACUAUUAAAUGAAACCAUUCCAAGAGGAAAAUUGCAGUCUAGUCUUGUGUCUGAUCCUGGUUUAACCUCUAAAGGGAUUAUAGAAGAGGCUCUGGGUUGUAGAGGGGCACCAACUGAAAAAUCUCCUCCAGUCAUUGAUCAGACCCUGUCUGCAGUGGCGAAUGCUUUUCCCGAGAGAGACCACACACAAGAUCUGAGGGCCUUGAGCCAGUCAGAUUUGGCAUUUUCACAAUCCCAAGAGCUUCAGCAGCAACAGAAGUUUAUGAGUGCCCCAGAAGCAGUGUUAAGUGUGGGUAAAAGCAAUGGUUUAGAAAAUGCUGAAUCUGAUAAUCAUGCAGAUCCUGAGGCAAGUGAAACGCAAGAGAAAGUGAUGGUGUAUUGUAGUACAGAGGCUCAAAGUUCCCUAAACAGCACAUCAGAGAGUGCCAUACUGGUGGGGGGCAAUGACAAAGAUGUUGCUGUGUACAAUGUAUGUCCACAGAAUGAAGAGCAGAGUAUGCAAACUAUAGAUCUGAGUGGUGGGAAUUCUCCUGUUUGUGUUGAAAGUACUUCAAGUGAAAUUCAAACACAGGCAGCUCCCAGCUUGUCUGGAAUGGCAUUGUCAGCUUCUGAAACUUCAGAAGUCAAAAAGGUUAUAGAGGCUACAGAGGCAAAAGAGCCUUCCAUCUCAGCAUCACAGGAAAGUGUGAGUAAACAUGCAGAAUGUGCCAAAUCACAGACUAGUGUGGACAAACAUGGAAAUGUGUGGGAUGAAAUCCUUGACACCAAGAAAGGCUCAGAACUUCCUAUAAAUCACUCAAGUGGGUUCUCUGUGCUUCCCAGCCUCUCACACCAUGAAGCACGACUAAAAACAAAUGAGAAAUAUUUCGACUCUGUUACCCCUGGAGACAUUGGAAACACUGAGAUCAGACCUAAUUCAAUGAGUGAUGUUACACAGAUGUCUACUGCAGGAACUUCCCAACUUCAGCAAGUGAAAGAGUUAGUUUUUCAGCCCUCUGAUGGGCAGCUCUCCACCAUAUCCACUGACUGUCUGCUCCAGGAAAGUAUUAAAGAGGAAAAAAAGAUAAGUGUGGAUUAUGCCUCUAAAGAUUCAGUAGAGUUCAACGCUCCUAAUUCCGCUCACCAAUCUGAGACAGCUGUCUGGAGGAUGGAGCAGCUUAAUAAGCAUUUGUCAGAGCAAUUCCCAGUCGGUACCCAAAACACAGAGGAGCAGGUUACACAGUGUUCUGAACAGCAGCUCAUGCAGUUACAUGUAAGAACUUGUUCAGACCCUGAAAACACAAUCAGUACUAUGAAAGCAGAAGGCACUGUUUCAAAUGACAGACAACAGCCAGAAGGAAUUCAAGAAGAGAUAAGUAAGCAGAUAGAGGAUGAAGAAGAGAAUAAAACCUUUGAAAAAGAAUGCAUAGAAAUGUCCAAAAGGGCUGAAUCUAAGUCUUCAGAGACUGUAGUGAAAGAAAGCAUAUCCAAAGAAAACCUAAGCAAGUUGGAGGAGCACUCUUUAUCUUCUCUUGAUGAAGCAAUAGUCGGUAAUGUAGACCAAUCUGUAGAAGAAGUUACUGAUGAGACGCUGACUGAGAUGAAAAUGGUUAUGCCAUUGCUAUGCCCUGAGACCGCUGUCUACUUGGUGACUGACCCCCAGGAUUCCCUCCAGCCCCCUCUCACAGUCAAUCAACAGUCUAGUCAGCAGCCCACCAAGUCUUUUAUUCAAACUUUACGUGAAAAUGUCACAGAUACUUCUAAAAGUAGCACCAAACAAAAUCCUGACAUAGCAGAUAGCUAUCGUGGAGACAUAGAAUCGCUUCUAACUGAAAAAACAAUACAGAAAGAUUACAGUGACGCUUGUGAAGAGGAAGUCGGCAAGGUGUCCGAAGCUGCAGAUGUGUUGCUGGGUUCAGGCCCAGGAACAGUGCAGGUAUCACAGGUUAAAGACAGUUCAGACAGACGAGGCUUAAGUGUAGUCUCUGUACCUGAGAGGUCAGUCAACUCUUCUGAAUGUUCUGAUUGGCUCAGAGCUCUGAAGGAGGCAGCCUCCAUGUCUCAGAUCAUUCCAGAGCACAGAGAUGAGACUACCUGUGGAGCUACAGAAAACAGACCAUUUGAAACCCUUGGUUCGCCUCAGGCUGAACUAGAAUUCCGAACCCCAACUGAGGAAUAUUUCCCCCUUGCUACUGAUGAGAGUUUCCCCCCUGCUCCUGAGAAGAGUUUUCAACCUGUUAUUGAGGAGAUUUUGCCCCCUGCUACUGCGGAGAGUUUCCCCCCUGCUCUUGAGAAGAGUUUCCACCCUGCUAUUGAGGAGAGUUUCCCCCCUGCGCCUGAGGAGAGUUUCCCCCCUGCGCCUGAGGAGAGUUUCCCCCCUGCACCUGAGGAAAGUUUCCCCCCUGUGCCUGAGGACAGUUUCCCCCCUGCACCCGAGGAGAGUUUCCCCCUGCACCUGAGGAAAGUCUCCCCCCUGUGCCUGAGGAGAGUUUCCCCCCUGCACCUGAGGAAAGUCUCCCCCCUGUGCCUGAGGAGAGUUUCCCCCCUGCACCUGAGGAAAGUUUCCCCCCUUUGCCUGAGGAGAGUUUCCCCCCUGCACCUGAAGAGAGUUUCCCCCCUGUUACUGAGCAGCCAGAAGAACAAGAAGACUGCAGGUCCCCUCUGAUAAAAGCUGCUGAGAGGAGUGAGCCUGUCCCCUCUCCCUCAUCACCCCCACCACAGCACAGCACUGCUCCUGCCCUCCCUGCCCACCAGCUGCAGGACACAGUCGAGUUCCCCACACCACCCCCUACCCCU